AUGCAGUACAAGAAUAAUGGUUUCUUUGCAUUGAUGGACUUAGAUGAUGAUGGGAGGCUAAGGAAUGUAUUUUGGGCAGAUCCACGUAGUAGGGCAACGUACACGUAUUUUGGUGAUGUGGUCACAUUUGACACCACGUACCUCACAAACAGAUAUAGGAUGCCUUUUGCACCAUUUGUUGUUGUAAACCACCACAGACAGUCCAUUCUUUUGGGAGCAGGGUUGAUUUCAAGUGAGGAUACAGAGACCUUUACAUGGUUAUUCCAAACUUGGUUGAAAUGUAUGGAUAGUAUAGCUCCGAAAGCUAUCAUCACAGAUCAAGACAGAACAAUGAAAAAUGCAAUUGCUCUUGUAUUUCUGAAAACACAACAUAGAUUUUGCCUAUGGCAUAUAUUGAAAAAAGUCCCUGAGAAGCUUGGCUCACAUGGUGCCUAUAAAAAUGGGUUGAAAAAUGAGUUGAUAAAAUGUGUAUAUGAUACUCAGAGUAUCGAAGAGUUCGAGAAUUGUUGGGAGGGGUUAAUUAACACCUACAGUUUGCACGAAAAUGCCUGGUUGCAAAGUUUAUACGCUGAGCAUGGGCAUUGGGUACCUGUAUUUUUGAAAGAGUUCUUUUGGGCUGGAAUGAGUACAACCCAGCGGAGCGAGAGUAUGAAUGCCUUUUUUGAUGGGUAUGUUCAUGCAAAAACAAACUUGAAGGAGUUUAUUGAUCAGUUUGACAACGCGCUGAGAAAGAAAAUUGAGAAUGAAACAAGCGCAGACUUUCACUCAUUUAGUGCCACAAUUUCCUGCAUUUCUAGAUCUCCCAUUGAGAAGAAAUUUCAAGAGUUGUACACCAACACAAAAUUUAAGGAAGUUCAGCAGCAAGUUAUGAGUGUGCUUGAUAUGGAUCCAGCUCUAUAUAAAAGGGAUGGAUCCAUAAAAACCUAUAUUGUAGAGGAUGAAAUUUGUGUUGAGGAGUUCGCUAAACCGGUCACAUUUUCUGUGGAGUUUAAUGAGGAAAACUGUGAUGCAAAGUGCUCAUGUUCUAAUCCACUUGUUGUAAGAGGGAAAGGCAGACCUCCGUCUCUGAGGAGAGCAUCGACAUUGGAGAAGCGAGUGUUGAAAGUUAAAGCGAAGAAGCAAAAAACACCUAUCAAGGGGAAAAGUAAACAGCUUUCAAGAGAAGAAACACCAGUCCUCGACACACGCAGAAAUUUAUUUGGCACAUCAGAGACCCCUAUCUCCACUGACAGACAUGUUAGCCAGGAUCAGGUUGUGGCAGACAGCACACGAGCUUUUGACAUUACUAGAACCCAGCCUUAUGUUACAUGGAAUGAGAGUCAAGAAACUGUAAACAUAUUGGAUGUGAUGACCCGCUUUUAA